AUGCCGUGGGCGCCGCGGAGGGCCGGACAGCCGGACCCGACAGCGGCGAUCGCCUGCUGCCGCCCGCCCCUCGGCUCCGCGCCGGGGCACGUCUGCGGCGCGAGGCACCCGGAGGCCCCCGAGCGCCUCCGCGCCUGCUUCGGCAACCUGACGGGCAGGGGGCUGUGGCGAGAGCUGAAGCAGCUCCCCCAGAGGGCGGCCACGGACGACGAGCUCUCGCUGUGCCACGACCCGGGGCACCUGCGCGGCCUGCAGGCCGCCGCCGAGGCCGCCCGCCGGGGCGGCCGUGCGCUGUACCUGCCCCCGGGCGGCUGCCUGCGGGGAGUCGAGCCGUGCGAUCUGCCGCGGGUCCCCGCACCUGGGCUCGACACGUACAUCGCCGCGGGCUCCAUGGACGCCGCGCGGGCCUCGGCGGGGGGCCUGCUCGCCCUGGUGGACGAGGCGCUGGGUCACGGGCCGCGCCGCGGGCUGGGGCUGUGCCGCCCCCCGGGCCACCACGCCGGCAGGGCGAGUUGCGCCGGGUUUUGCCUGCUGAACAACGUGGCGGUGGCCGCCGCCUACGCCUGCGCGGCGCACCCGGACAAGGUGCGGCGCGUGCUGAUCUUCGACUGGGACGUGCAUCACGGCCAGGGGACGCAGGAGAUCUUCUGGGCGGACCCCCGGGUGCUGGUGUUCAGCGCGCACCGGCACGGUGUUGCCUUCUAUCCGGGCACCGGCGACGCUGGCGAGGUCGGCGAGGGCCCCGGGCUCGGCUUCACGGUCAACGCGCCCCUCCCCGCUGGCUACGGCGACGGUUGCUUGUGGGCCGUGUGUGCCGACUCCUGCUGCCAGCCGCCAGGCGCUUCAGGCCGGACCUGA